UACUUAUUCAACUCGCCUCCCGUCCAUUUGCGCCUUGAAUCUGAUCGCAUCGCAUCACAUCGUAUCGCGGUGGUGCCUGAUUACGCUUCGACAAUUAUAUCCUCUUUUCUUUCUUUCUUGGGAAAGAGAGGGAAGAAAGAGAAUGAACAGCACUGAUCCAGAUCACUUUCUCCAUUGGACUGUUGAUCAUCAAAGAUCAAGCAUAGAAGAAGAAGAAGCUAUACUACCAUAAAUUUGCAUCCGAUACUGUUGGUGUUUGUUAUUGUUUGACUACUACUAUUCCGACCAUUACGACUACGACUACACCUAUUACAACGCUAUUGCUAGUUACAGCUUGGUCGUUCCUUCCCCUUCCCUUCCCUCCAUCCUUCCCAAAAUGACGGCCCCUCCCCAAAUUCCGCCGAUCGCACCUUCGUACCUCAAUCCCUCGACAUCAUCGUCCUCUUCUUUCCUCCAAUCUUUCAUGGCACCCUUCAACCACAACCCCAAUGGCCAACCGUCCCAGCUUCGCAGGGCGUCAACAAGCCCGACCAAUGAGAACAAUGUCAGAGAUCUACUGUUCAUCACUACCACCAAUCCGGAUGGCUUCAAGUCGAGAACUAAUAUGACCAAAAUCCGGAAAAAGGCCAUGGGAAGCUUCCUCGAGAAUGAGAAGAAACAAGCCGGCCCCUCGUCCAUGCGCGGCGGGAAGCGCGCCCGACUGCAGAGUGAGGAUUCCAAUGCGUCUCGCAGUAGUGCUGCCAGCACUAUCAGCGACCCGGAGGCCCCCGAUCGCGAGAUCAUGCCGAAUGAUGAAGCUAUUAAGAUCUAUCGGAAAGAUAAAAGGAGUCCUCGGCAGCGGUUCUCGGAUCGCAACAGCAACAUCAGCAGCAGCAACAACAGCAACAAUGGCGACUCGCCCGUAUCGACUGGCAGCCAGGCGAACCAGAAGGUAGCCAUCGUGAGCUUGAGAUCGAAUUCGAAACCACAGCCAUGGAUAGAAAUCGUCAUGGUACAGCCUUCGCGAAAAGGUCCAUUGAUCUACGAUGAGACAGCCCCGCGACCAUUUGAAUCCCUUGCCGAACCCCUCGGCACACCGCUGGACCCUUUCGAUACCAUGUUCAACCCUCCAUCCCCCUAUAUAUCCAUACAACAUCUUAAAUGGCAUUGUUCUCAAGCCUUUGGCUCGAAAGCAAUGGGCCAGCAUUGGAUUCCAACGCUGGUCGACUCUCCGCAUGCCUUUCUCAGUACCAUCAGCAUAGCAUCCGCUCAUAAAGAUGCUCUCGAUAUGAUACAAGGAGACAGCAUGCAGACUGUCGCUCUGCGACUGGAGCUUAUGCACCUCAUCGAGCAACAAUUGAUUCAAGGAAAGAUCGACGACCACAACAUCAUCGCCGUGACACAAUUAAUUGCAAGUGAGAUCAUAUCGGGAGACGAGAGCGUGGUUCAAUCUCACGAGAAGGGUCUCACCACCAUGGUCGAACUAAGAGGUGGACUAGAAAAUCUCGGUCUCACCGGACGAGUGGCUUCGACAUUGUCGUGGGUCUGUCUCGAAUCUGCUGUGCUUCGCGAAGCCCAACCGGACCGCCAAUACUGGGACUUCCGCCUGGCCAACACUAUCCACACAUACCCGACCUCCGCAAUCAUUCCUGAGUCACCCCUCUUCCGACCACGCAGCGAUUUUUACACCAUCAAGCGUUCACGCCGGUCUUCUCAACGCACAAUGAAACUACUUAAAGACAUGCGCAGUAUGCUCGACCGCUUCGCUCUACGAAAAGAGCAGAACUCUCAGGAUUCCGUUCUCAGGAGUCUCCAUAAAGCUAUCACCACUGAUUACCCACCUGCGCGUGAUCCUCAGGCGCAGAACAACGUCCUCACCUAUAGCGAUUGGACCUAUGAAGCAAUCCGUUUGACAUGCAUUAUUCAGGCCGAAGCCAUCAUCAACCGCAUUCCGCAUUCCGCAGCGCUGGCUUCUGCUGGGAAGAUAGCCACAAAGCCUCGUCUGACCGUCCCCACAAAGACUUCAGGCUCCAGUGAAUCGCUAGUUUCACCAAGGAUGACUCGACACGAUUCCCCUGUGACCACCUUUUCUGCCACUUCAUCCUACGCUACAAGCCCUGCAUUCUCCCAACACUCAAACUCCUUCACGUCUGCCUCGUUCCCCGCACAAUCUCGUCCUUCGAUCGCCUCUACGACAUCAACAUCGUCCACCUCAUCCAACUUGAAUUUCCCGUGGUACUCCAUCAGUAGACCCGCUCCCCCUCCCCCACCGACAACGACUCUCCUCGAAAACAUCAAACUCGCCAUUGAAAGCUCCAACGUCUCGGAAUGCUGGUCCGACAUGGCCGGAGUCCUGUUAUGGAUCGGUCUGGUCGUUGGUGCAGCAAGCCGCUCAUCCGAGGACAGGCCUCUGAAGAAGUGGUUUCAGGCAUUGGCGGUUCGUUGCUCGAUAUUCCUCUGCUUCGAGUUCCCCGAGCCUGUCCACGCGAGUCUGGUUAGGAUGGCGGAAAUUGAGGAGGCGCUUGGCUUCCUGGAACAGAGAAUCGGGAAUGUCGCCCCUAUGAGGGUGGCACCUGGAAAGAGAAAGAUGUGACUGACACUGCCUUGAUCUUUUCGGUAUUUUUCGGUAUUCCCUUCGUUGUGAUCAUUUGAGCGAGCAUUUUGAGUGAUAUUUACGGGUGACAUUUAUCUUUGACUUUCUUUCAGGGCUCGAAAAUGAUUUAGGUUUCGAACAUCAUUUUCAAGUGACUUUAUCACGCAACGCGUGGUCUUUCUUCUUUCGCUAUUGUCCCUGUAUUUGUACAUUCUUCGUGAUACCUCAUUCUCCUUUUUCUUCAGUCGCUUCUACUGAGUACUCUGGCCCAAGGACUUUGACUUGGCAUGUGUUUGACUUUUCUCUCGCUUCAAGUUCUUUCUAGGGUGGCCACUUAUUGCAAACGCCA